UCUCUUCUAUUUAAAAAAUAUUUUUAGCACUCCUCUUAGUGCCUUUAUCGUAUCAAGGCCAUUCACUUUCUUCUCUCUAUUAAAAUUAACCACUGCUCCCUCCAAGCAGCCGAGCAGUGUCCACCCUGGGCACUCCAUACAUAUCUGCUGAAACAAGCUAAUGGAGAUUUUUCUUUCUUCAGUGUGCUUGACUGACUAAUAUGUUAGGCUUUGCCAUGAUGCAAACAUUCCACGGUAGGAAAAGACUACAGGAGUGACAGAUUUUGAGGACAUUUUAGGAGUCUCUGGGUCUUGAUUAUUUCACAGAUACAAGAUGACAGCAGGGAAAGAAUUCUUAGCCCCAUGAAGAGGCCUUUCCCCUGUUUUCUAGGACUCUGCACUGAUGAGAAGCACCCUGUGUGGGUUAGGCCUCUUUCAUGAACUCAUUAACUCUUUAUAGGAGACAAAAUCACUGACUAACUGAGUGAUCGUAUAACAUUUGACAUAAAUAUUAAUGAGCAAAAUGCCAGUUUUCUUGCACCAACUCCCACUACGGGCUUAUAUAAGAUCUAGAGAAGGAAGGUUUUAGGUUCAAACAAAUGCAACCGUGGACAAAGCAGGAGUCUAGCCUUUGAGCACCAUGACUUCCGACCACUGUGGUUCUCCCCUCAGUGGGCAGGUUUCAGAGGCCAAGGCUGCCUCCCUGGGCCUCUCAGCCACCUUGGCACAUGCCAACCGAGUUCGUGUGGGGUCGACCCCUCUGGGCAGACCCAACCUCUGCCUACCCCACAGCUGCCACACUGCUUGCCCCUUGCCAGGGACCCGCAACAUUCCUGGCAACAUUGGAAGCUGUGGGGCCUAUGGGGAAGGCACCCUGAAUGGCCACGAGAAGGUGACCAUGCAGUUCCUGAACGACCGCCUGGCCAACUACCUGGAGAAGGUGCGGCAGCUGGAGCGGGAGAAUGCGGAGCUGGAGACCAAGAUCCGAGAGUGGAGCAAAUGCCGUGACACCACCAUGUGCCUCAACUACCAGUGCCACUUCCCGACCAUUGAGGAGCUCCAGCAGAAGAUUCUGUGCAUCAAAUCUGAGAACAACAGGCUGGUCAUUCAGCUCGACAAUGCCAAGCUGGCUGCAGAUGACUUCAGGACCAAGUACCAGAUGGAGCACUCACUCCACCAGCUGGUGGAAGCUGACGUCUGUGGCCUGCGCAGGGCACUGGAUGACCUCACACUCGCCAAGUGUGACCUGGAGGCCCAGGUGGAGUCCCUGAAGGAGGAGCUGCUCUGCCUCAAGAAGAACCAUGAGCAGGAAGUCCACACUCUGACAUGCCAGUUGGGGGACAGGCUCCGCAUUGAGCUGGACACUGAGCCCACCGUGGACCUGAGCAGGGUGCUGGAGGAGAUGCGGUGCCAGUACGAGGCCAUGGUGGAGACCAACCGCCGUGAUGUGGAGCAGUGGUUUGAAGCUCAGUCUGAAGGCAUCAGCCUGCAAGCCACAUCCUGCUCUGAGGAGCUGCAGUGCUGUCAGUCGGAGAUCCUGGAGCUGAGACGCACGGUGAAUGCCCUGGAGGUGGAGCUUCAGGCUCAGCACAACCUGAAAGACUGUCUGCAGAACUCCCUGUGUGAGUCCGAGGCCCGCUUCGGCACCGAGCUGGCCCAGAUGCAGAGCCUGAUCAGCACCGUGGAGGCCCAGCUGGCCGAGGUCAGGGCCGACCUGGAGCGGCAGAACCAGGAGUACCAGGUGCUGCUGGACGUCCGGGCCCGGCUGGAGUGUGAGAUCAACACGUACCAGAACCUUCUGGAGAGCGAGGACUGCAAGCUUCCCUGCAACCCAUGCACAACCCCGGCCUCCAGCACCCCCUGCCCAGCCCCUGCAGCCUGUACGCCCUGCCCUCCCUGCCCUUCCCGGCCUCUUCGGGCCUCCUGUGGGCCCUGCUCAUCGCCUCAGUGCUGA